AUGGAGGUGGGCAGCAACACCUCUUCUAGGAGCUUCAUUCUGAUGGGUAUCUCUAACCAUCCCCAGUUGGAGAUCAUCUUUUUUGUUGUCAUCCUGUCCUCUUACUUGUUGACGCUGGUUGGGAACUUGACCAUCAUCCUGCUUUCCCGCCUCGAUGCGCGGCUCCACACACCCAUGUACUUCUUCCUCAGCAACCUCUCUUCCCUGGACCUGGCUUUUACUACCAGUUCAGUCCCUCAGAUGCUGAAAAAUUUAUGGGGGCCAGACAAGACAAUCAGCUAUGGUGGGUGUGUGACUCAACUGUAUGUUUUCCUUUGGCUGGGGGCUACUGAGUGCAUUCUGCUCGUGGUAAUGGCAUUUGAUCGGUAUGUGGCAGUUUGUCGGCCCCUGCACUACAUGACCGUCAUGAAUCCUCGGCUCUGCUGGGUGUUGGCUGCUAUUAGCUGGUUGGGUGGCUUAGGCAACUCCGUGAUUCAGUCAACAUUCACUCUGCAGCUUCCGUUUUGCGGACACCGGAAGGUGGACAACUUCCUGUGUGAGGUACCCGCCAUGAUUAAAUUGGCCUGUGGGGACACGAGUCUCAAUGAGGCUGUGCUCAAUGGUGUUUGUACCUUCUUCACUGCGGUCCCGCUAAGCAUCAUCCUGGUCUCUUACUGCUUCAUUGCUCAGGCUGUGAUGAAGAUCCGCUCUGUGGAGGGACGGCGGAAGGCCUUCAAUACAUGCGUCUCCCACUUGGUGGUAGUGUUUCUCUUCUAUGGCUCUGCUAUCUAUGGGUAUCUGCUUCCAGCUAAGAGCAGUAAUCAGGACCAGGGAAAGUUCAUUUCUCUCUUCUACUCUGUGGUCACGCCCAUGGUGAACCCGCUCAUCUAUACUCUAAGGAAUAAAGAAGUGAAGGGGGCCCUGGGAAGAUUGCUGGGGAAAGGAAGAGGAACCAGCUGA